GAACAUCAGCUCCACCCCAAAUGUUUGGAAGGAACCUGGGUAGAUCUCCUCUCCUACAUAUAUGAAUUGCUAGACAACCCAAAGAAGAAUCGACUUAUUUGGCUGCAUGGCACAGCAGGCAUUGGGAAGUCUGCUGUUGUGUUUACCAUAGCUGAGAGGAUGAAAGGUCUAAAAGUGACAGGGCAGACUAAUGUUGAAAAGCGGCUUGGGGGAACAUUCUUUUUUUCAUGCAAGCAUAUGAAACAUUGCACAGCUGGAUAUUUUUUCAUGACUCUUGUCUAUCAGCUUGCCACCAAAUUUCCCAGCAUCCAGAAGGAUGUGAACAGAGCUAUCUGUGACAAUCCUGCACUACUAGACCCAGACAAGUUUCUCUGUGACCAGAUGGAGGCUCUCUUUCUCAAACCUCUCUGA